CCUCUCCUCCACCACCCACCAGCAAAGCAAGUAAAAAAAAAAAUUGAGAAAAAUGGCGCGAAAUCCUCGUCUUUUUCCGGCGAAUUUUCGGUCACUUUCUCUUAUUUUCUUUCUCUCACUCCUCUCCGUGAAUCAGUACUCUGUUUCCGGCCACGACUACGCCGACGCACUCCGGAAGAGCAUUCUCUUCUUCGAAGGCCAGAGAUCAGGCAAGCUCCCCCCUGACCAACGCGUCCGGUGGCGGAGAGACUCUGCAUUGCACGACGGCGCCACCGCCGGAGUGGAUUUGAGUGGCGGUUACUACGACGCCGGAGACAACAUAAAGUUCGGGUUUCCGAUGGCGUUUACGGCGACAUUGCUGUCGUGGAGCGUGAUAGAUUUCGGGAAGAGUAUGGGGGCGGAACACAGGAACGCUGUGAAGGCGGUGAAGUGGGCGACGGACUAUUUGCUGAAGGCGACGGCGGUGCCGGAGGUGGUGUAUGUGCAAGUGGGGGAUCCGUACUCGGAUCAUAACUGUUGGGAGAGGCCGGAGGAUAUGGAUACGCUGAGAACGGCGUACAAGAUUGAUAGGGCCCACCCUGGGUCCGACGUGGCUGGGGAAACUGCUGCUGCUCUUGCUGCUGCGUCUAUUGUGUUCAGAUCACGUGACCCUGCUUACUCACGCCUCCUCCUCGAUCGUGCCGUUAAAGUGUUCGAGUUUGCUGACAAAUACCGGGGUGCGUACAGCACUCCGCUCCGCUCCGCUGUUUGCCCUUUUUACUGUGACGUAAGCGGUUACCAGGACGAGUUGCUUUGGGGAGCGGCGUGGUUGCACAAGGCAUCAAGACGGCGCGAAUACAGAGAGUACAUAGUCAAGAACGAGGUGAUUUUGAGAGCUGGUGAUACAAUAAAUGAAUUCGGUUGGGAUAACAAGCACGCUGGGAUUAAUGUUCUCGUUUCCAAGGAAGUGUUGAUGGGCAAGGACGAUGAGCUAAAAUCCUUUCAGCUCAAUGCGGAUAACUUCAUCUGUUCUAUAUUACCCGGAAUUUCUCAUCCUCAAGUUCAAUACUCUCCAGGUGGGCUGAUCUUCAAGGCUGGAGGGAGUAACAUGCAGCAUGUAACAUCUUUAUCGUUCCUACUUCUGGCCUAUUCUAAUUACUUGAGCCACUCCAAUCAUGUGGUGCCAUGUGGCGGAAGAUCUGCCUCCCCUGCUCUGCUCAAACAACUAGCCAAACGUCAGGUGGACUACAUUCUAGGGGAUAAUCCAAUGAGAAUGUCGUACAUGGUAGGAUACGGUGAACGGUACCCAGAGAGGAUACACCACAGGGGCAGCUCACUACCAUCAGUGCAGGCCCACCCGGCCCACAUAGGGUGCAAAGAAGGAUCUCUCUACUAUCUAAGUCCAAACCCAAAUCCCAAUGUGUUGGUCGGGGCUGUUGUUGGUGGGCCCAACAGCUCCGAUUCUUUUCCGGACUCAAGGCCGUUCUUUCAGGAGUCCGAGCCCACUACGUAUAUUAAUGCACCGUUGGUGGGCCUACUCGCUUACUUUUCAGCCCAUCCUUGAUUUCAAUGCACAAGAAGAAAGAAUGUAUAAAGGACAAAUUGUAAUAGUAGUGGUGCGCAAAUGUCACCCUAUCCUAUUAUUAUUAUUAGUAUUAUUGUUGUGUCUUGGGAUUCUGAUUGAAAGAGAGAAAAAACUGAAAAAUUCCGAGAAAGUAGCAUUUCUAGUUUCCCACCUACCAAACAUCUUUUGUUUGUGUCCAUGUGUUUGCGCGGGGUGCGCAUGUAAUUCUGUAUCUAAAUAUAUAUAUAUAGCGUUUCUAGCAUUGUUGGAUUAAUAUAA